AAAGCCGGGUCAGCCUCACGCAGGGCGAGGAAAGCAAGUCUAAAAGCCGAAGGGGAGCAGCAGUUGCCGACUCUGGUCGAAAUGGGUGCAGGAGCCAGCGCUGAGGAGAAACAUUCCAGGGAGCUGGAAAAGAAGCUGAAAGAAGAUGCUGAUUUAGAUGCGAGGACGGUGAAGCUUCUACUGCUGGGUGCUGGGGAAUCUGGCAAGAGCACCAUUGUCAAGCAGAUGAAAAUUAUUCACCAGGAUGGUUAUUCCCGGGAGGAGUGUCUGGAGUUCAUCACCAUUAUCUACAGCAACAUCCUGCAGUCCAUGAUGGCCAUCGUCAAGGCAAUGACCACCAUGAGCAUCGGCUACGGAGACAGUGGCAGACAGGACGACUCACGCAAGCUGAUACAUCUCGCGGAUACCCUUGAUGAGGGCUCCAUGCCGAAGGAACUGUACGAGAUUAUCAGCCGCCUGUGGAAGGACUCCGGGAUCCAGGCCUGCUUUGAACGCGCCUCAGAGUACCAGCUGAACGACUCCGCUGGAUAUUACCUCAAUGACCUGGACCGCGUUGUCCAGCAAGGCUACCUCCCCACCGAGCAGGACGUGCUGCGCUCACGAGUGAAGACUACCGGCAUCAUUGAGACCCAGUUCGGAUUGAAAGAUCUCAACUUCAGGAUGUUUGAUGUUGGGGGACAACGUUCCGAGCGUAAGAAAUGGAUCCACUGCUUCGAAGGCGUCACGUGCAUCAUCUUCAUCGCUGCGCUCAGCGCCUACGACAUGGUCCUGGUGGAGGACGAUGAAGUGAACCGCAUGCAUGAGAGCUUACAUCUCUUCAACAGCAUCUGUAACCAUCGCUACUUCAUCGCAACCUCCAUCGUCCUCUUCCUCAACAAGAAGGAUGUGUUCCAGGAAAAGAUCCGGAAGACCCAUCUGAGCAUCUGCUUCCCGGACUAUGACGGCAACAACUCAUUGGAAGAUGCUGGAGCCUACAUUAAACUCCAGUUCCUGGAAUUAAACAUGAGGAAAGAUGUGAAGGAGAUAUACUCUCACAUGACCUGUGCUACAGACACAGAGAAUGUCAAGUUUGUGUUUGAUGCGGUGACAGACAUCAUCAUUAAGGAGAACCUGAAAGAUUGUGGUCUGUUCUAAACAGAUUCCAGCACCAAGGACUUCUAUGUAACUGCAAGGAAACAACCCAUCAAGUUCACAGCAAUUGAAUCUAGGGGUUCCUGAACCUGGUUUGCAGAAAACACUUUCAGUCAAUACCUUGUCACCGGCACCAGUUACCACGUGACUGCCCAUCCUAAGGACUGUUUGAAAUUCGCACCACAGUAGCACUUAGUUCUCCUCCUGAACCCCAGCAGUUCUUUUAAUCAGAUUUUACUUCCUAAAAUACCAGUGGAAAAAAACCUAUGAAUCCAUCUUAUUUAUAACCAUGCUUUGGUGACCUGUCUUGGUCUUCUGUGAACUCAACAAUUGUUUGGAUUGGCUAUCAAAUGUAGCAAUUUUCCUGCUAAUUAAUAUUGACGAACUAGCCAACUGUAAUAAAAUGUGCAGGUUAGUUCAUGUUUGCUAGGCUAUUAAUCCCACCUAUGCAACAAUAUUUGGCACGGCUCAAUCCAUACCGUGAGACCUGUAGAGGACGCAUAUAGUGGAGAAUGUCCAUUGAAGAUUGCAGUGAAGUGUAGCAGUGGUGGGGCGGGGGGGGGGCUUCUAGGAAAUAUACUGUAUAGUUUAAACUUAAUUACAGUGAAUUAAGUCACCUGUAGAGGGAGACCGCACAGGAAAGGCACAGUUUAGCUGUUGUAGUGAAUCGUAAUGGUCUGUAGAGGGUGUCAGAGAGCAGGAGCAAGUCAGUUCCUGCUGUAGAACUAGAACACUUCUAGAGAGUCCACU